AUGAACCUUUGUUCGUUGGCACUUCUGGUGCUGACAGUUAGCUGCAGUGACCAUAUUGUCCGCACCAUCAGCGCUCAAGAUGACGAUGGACAUUAUUUGAACGAGUGGGCUGUACAGAUCCAAGGAGGAGAAAGCCACGCCGAGUCCGUAGCUGCACAACAUGGCUACACCCUAGUUAGGGCGGUAGUCGCGUUUGUGGAGCAACAGCAACAGAAGCGCCGUGUGAAGAGAGGUCUCGUUGAGGACAGAGAACUUCAUGACCGUGAGCUGGCCAGGGAGAUAGCUGCUGGAGGCGGGGAGCUCCAUGACCCUGAGCUCAUACAUGAGUGGUAUCUCAACCCCACCGGUUCGGAAGUGAGCCGGAGCGACGAGGUUCGAGCAGAUCUUGGCGUGAAGGCAGUGUGGAAGAAAGGCAUCACGGGCAAGGGAAUCGUGGUCACCAUUCUCGAUGACGGUAUUGAGAGGACUCACCCCGACCUGAAAUCUAACUACGAUCCUGAAGCCAGCUACGAUUUCAACGAUAACGACGAAGACCCAAGUCCGCGUUACGACAUUACAAACGAGAACAAGCAUGGAACCCGGUGCGCUGGAGAAGUUUCAAUGGUCGCCAACAACGAUAAAUGUGGAACGGGCAUUGCUUUCACUCUAAUUGGAGGCGUUCGUAUGCUGGACGGUCACGUAACUGACCGUUUGGAGGGUGACGCCAUCUGCUUCAAUCGCCACCAUGUAGACAUUUACUCGGCCAGCUGGGGGCCCAACGAUGACGGGAGGACCACUGAGGGACCAGGUGUCAUGGCCAGGAAAGCUUUCGAUUUGGGAAUCAAAGAGGGCAGAGACGGCAAAGGCGCCCUCUAUGUGUGGGCUUCUGGCAAUGGUGGUCGUAUCGGCGACAACUGCAACUCCGACGGCUACACCUCCAGCAUCUACACCAUGAGCAUCAGCAGCGCCUCACAGGUCAG